GUUCGCACGCACAAUAUCUUAUCUGAAAUCAUUAUGAAAACUCACGGAUCUCGGCGCUAAUGUUUUGUAAAAAAACUAAUGCCAUAAUUUAUGAUAUUGAUAAACAGUAUUACAGAAAUGCGUCACUGUGACAUUUAAAAUGAAGUGUUAUAAAUAAAUAAUACGAUGAGUGUAUUAAAAUAAAUUUCGAAUUUGACUCUUCAUUUUACGCCGUUUUAGUUGGAAGCUUUAAGGACUUGCCGUUUGCAAAAUGUAUUUUUGGAAAUUGCAAAUUUUUGCUGUAUACUUCUUUUUAUUGGUGAGGCGAUCAGCUCAGAAUAAUGUGGAGAUGAGCGACGAUAUAUCAGUGGAGCUGAUACAAACUAACAUCACCUGGCUGACGGCCAAGACAAUCCACCAGGCCGGGUACCAUCUACACUCCAUAGAGCAUUUGUCAGUUAUUGAUGCACCAAAAUUAGAACAUGUGGCCGUUGAAGAUUUAUCUAAAAUGCCCAGACUGAAAUCAUUAUUCAUAACUCAAGCACCUCUGCUACGUCGAUUAAAUGCAUUGCCGCCAAUGCCGGAACUACGCACAUUUAUGAUUACAACAUCGGGUCUUCUGGAAGUGCCCAACCUGAGUCGAGUGCAUUACAAGAAUAGGAAUAACUACUCUCUAUCUUAUCUUCAAGCUGUAGACUUGGAGGGUAACCACAUAAAACGCAUCCCGGCGCAUGCGCUCCGCGUCCGUGCCGAUCAAGUGUCUCUGAACUACAAUCUGAUCGAGGAAGUGCCAGCUUAUGCAUUCAAAUACGCUGAAAUAUCCAAACUAAGCUUCAGAGGGAACACCAAGUUACGUAAAUUGGACGACAAGGCAUUCUCUGGGAACCUGUUACUGCGUCAGUUAGACCUCAGUAACACAGCGAUCACCAGCCUCCCAACGGACGGACUGCAGAAAUUGCAAAUACUCAGAAUAGAGAAGACGCCCACUUUGAAGUAUAUCCCAUCCAUUUACGAGUUUCAGCACUUGGAGAAAGCAUACCUGACGCAUCAUUUCCACUGCUGUGCUUUCGCGUUCCCCGAGAGGCACGACCCCGCUAGGCACAAGACUUACGAGACGCAAAUCGCUCUGAUGGCAAAACAAUGUCAAGGCGCCGAGCAGAUCACAAUCUCAAGAAGAAGAAGGUCGUUGCAACCCAUCAGGUCUGUUCAGUUGAAUGAAAACAGCAAUGAAGCUCUAGAGCCAACAGAUGAAGAUAUGUCAGCAUCAACGUCGGGCGAAGUGUUUAGCACCUUCGAUGAGGACGACCAGGCGUACUCCGACAGCAAUGAGGAGUUCAUGGAGAAUUUCCACGAGUUGGUCAACAGUAACCUGACCAAUGGGUACGAGGCUAAAUGUGGAAACUUAAGUUUGAGUCGUCGCGAAGUGGAGUGCACGCCGCUACCCGACGCUUUAAAUCCUUGCGAAGACGUAAUGGGCUGGACUUGGUUACGCGCCUCCGUGUGGCUGGUGGUCACUGCAGCCGUGGUGGGCAACAUAGCUGUACUCCUGGUUCUACUCACGAACCACACUGAGCUGACCGUCCCCAGGUUCCUCAUGUGCCAUCUCGCUUUCUCCGAUCUGUGCACCGGCAUCUACCUCUUCAUGUUAGCCGUCGUCGAUCUUAGAUCUUACGGGGAAUUCUUCAACUACGCUUACAAUUGGCAAUACGGUGUUGGCUGCAAGAUUGCCGGUUUCUUAUCAGUAUUAUCAGGCCAGUUAUCAGUAUUCACAUUAACUAUAGUGACUUUAGAACGCUGGUUCGCGAUAACCUACGCUAUAUAUCUGGAGAGACGAAUCUCAUUGAGUGCAGCAUCCAAAAUAAUGAUAGGAGGGUGGAUGUUCUCCAUUCUUAUGGCUGGGCUGCCUCUAGCUGGUGUCUCGGACUAUUCAUCAACCUCCAUAUGCCUUCCAGUCGAAAGUAAGGACAUCGGGGACGCUGUGUAUCAGGGAUCUUUGUUCAUGACCAACGCUAUAGCUUGGGUGACAAUAGUGAUAUGUUACGUGCAAAUAUACAGAUCUUUGGGAGGUGGGGGGGAGAAGUAUGGAGGGAGAGGAUCAGCAGCGGCAGCAGAGCGGAAAAUAGCAAACAAAAUGGCGUUGCUAAUCGGAACGGACCUGCUUUGUUGGGCUCCAGUGGCGUUUUUCGGCGUCACCGCUCUAGCCGGGGUGCCGUUAGUGGACGUGAGCCACGGGAAAGUGUUAUUAGUGUUUUUUUAUCCAUUAAACGCUUGUGCGAAUCCGUUCUUGUACGCGAUUCUCACGAAACAGUAUCGUAGAGACUUUAUGACGCUUGUGGCGAGGACUGGAAAGUGCAAUUGGUUGGUAGACAGGUACAAGUUGGCUGCGACGCCGCCUCCUACCGCUCAGACGAACCCCUCAGCACCAGCGCUGCUCCCGCUGGUAGACUAUCAGAGAACUCAGUCUCAAAUUAGCAAAGGCAACGGGGAUAUUGCAAUUUAAUUUUAUAUUGUAGG